AUGCCCCUAUCCCACACGACGACCCGCGACGAGUCCGAGAACUGGAUUGUGGUCAACCCCCAGUACCAGUUGGUCGUGCAUCCGUACCGCCGCCGCUACGUGCCUGUUGGCAUCCUUGGCGGAAUCACGGACGAGAGCAUUGGGACGAUUUUGGGGUACCUCGAUGGCGCGGCACUUGCCGCUGUCGGCCAACAACUGCAGGACCGAUGGGGCAUCGACCCGAGUCAAUUGGCCCAGUUGCAGACGUCCGUCACGGGCAAAGACCUCUAUCAAUUUGCACGCCAGAGCCUUCGACGACUGACAAAAGCCACUGUGGAAGAGCAAUGCAUGCAUGCAACGCAGCGAAUGUGGUGCUUGCCCAAGCACGCGAUGACGUCCAUUGCCUACAACCGCGCCAUGUUCCAGAGUCCACUUGUCUCAUGCACGAUGCCGAAACCCGUUUAA